AGUUUCCAACACUAUAAAUACCACCAUUUCAAUUGUUUGUUUCUUCACCAACAAAUCAACAGAAAAUAAGAGAUAUGGCAAACUACACUACUUUUCUCGCCCUGCUCUUUUGCCUCUUCCUUGUUGCUGCAACUGAAAUACAAAUGGCAGAAGGUAAAUACUGUUGGAAAAAAAGUGACAUGUGGAAUGAACCUUGUCAAUACUCUUACAAAUGUAGUUAUCAUUGCAAGCAUUACUAUGGAGCUAAAUAUGGUAUUUGUAAGAAUUACAAACCAUGGGGUCACAAAUAUUACUGGGCAAAAUAUGCAUGCUACUGUUACUCACCUUGCCACUACUAAGAAACUUUGAGUGUCGCAUGACUUGGCUUUGACAAUGUAAACAAAUAAUUAUGUGUGUAAUCAUUCUGGCCAAGAUUUGCGUGAUGUGCAAUUGUACUGUAUGCUUUUCUAUGAGUAUUAAUUGAUGUGAACUAUGGUGUUUUUAUAUAUGAA